AUGGUUCUUCCAAUAAUAAUAGGUGUUGGUGUCACAGCUAUAGCCUUGACGGUACGAUCCGGGUUGAGGGCGUGGGAACUAUAUAGAGCGCUACCGAUAUUUACUAUCGCAAGAAUGAAUAACAUUUAUCUGAAGAACACUAGUCAUCUGGAGAACGACAUGAGAUUUUCUAGCAGCCAAUUGAAUACUCGUCAAAAGCUUGAAUUGGAAAAAUACACAGGAGGGUUCAAUUCUAGAAUGACAGAAGCUGAGGCGCUCUUGAUUCUUGACAUACCCCCAGAGAAUAUUGUGCAUCUUGAUGAAGAGAUGUUGAAAAAAAAGCAUCGCAACGCUAUUUUCAACAACCAUUCAGACAAAGGUGGUAGUCCAUACUUGGCCAUGAAAAUUAACGAAGCUAGAAAUGUUCUUAUCAACAGUGUUAUGAUAAAAAAGAGAUGA